AUGGUUCAGAUUACUAUUCAAAUCCCUGGUGAGAGUGGUUGCUGCAGCGAGUGGGCAAUCAUAGAACUGCAAGGAGCCCUAGAAACCAGACACCCGGUUCCUCUGAGUGGAAAGUUCAUUGGAGAUCUUCAUUUUACAGACAAGGACACGCCAGUUUUGAUCAUCGGUCACCACAUCUUACAAGGGAAGGUCGUCGUUCUUGAAAAACCUUUAGCAGUGAUUGUCAAAGCUCCAGACCAACAACAGAGUGCAGAUCUUUCUACGGCAGAUGAUGCACAUCCCAAAUCCAAAUUUAAGAUCAAGGACACCAGCUACAACAUCCAGGCCAUCAUUAGACGCAAGAUUCUGUUCAAAACCCGGCCAAAGCCAAUUAUUGCCCAUGUCCCUAAAAAAUUGUAA